GGGUCCCAGAACUUAGUCCUGCGCCACGGUUCUGACCACGCGUGGCCCGCUGCCCAGCCGGCCCAGCAAGCCGGUGAUCCGCGUGUCCCUCCGAGAUGUCGUCCUGCAGCCGCGUGGCGCUGGUGACCGGGGGUAACAAGGGCAUCGGCUUCGCCAUCACGCGUGACCUCUGUCGGAAGUUCUCGGGGGACGUGGUGCUCACGGCGCGGGACGAGGCGCGGGGCAAGGCUGCGGUGCAGCAGCUGCAGGCGGAGGGCCUGAGCCCGCGCUUCCACCAGUUGGACAUCGAUGACCCGCAGAGCAUCCGCGCCCUGCGCGACUUUCUGCGCAGGGAGUACGGGGGACUUAACGUGCUGGUCAACAACGCGGGCAUCGCCUUUAGAAUGGAUGAUCCAACACCCUUCGACCUUCAAGCUGAGACGACGCUGAAGACAAACUUUUUCGCCACCAGAAAUGUCUGCACUGAGUUACUGCCCAUAAUGAAACCACAUGGGAGAGUGGUGAACAUCAGCAGUCUGCAGGGGUCACGGGCCCUUGAAAACUGCAGUGAAGAGCUUCAGGAAAGGUUCCGGUGUGACACACUCACAGAGGGAGACUUGGUCGACCUCAUGAAAAAGUUUGUGGAGGACACAAAAAAUGAGGUCCACGAGAGGGAAGGUUGGCCAGACUCGGCCUACGGGGUGUCCAAGCUGGGGGUGACAGUCCUUUCAAGAAUCCUGGCCCGGCAGCUAGAUGAAAAGAGGAAAGCAGACAGGAUUCUGCUGAAUGCCUGCUGCCCGGGAUGGGUGAAGACCGACAUGGCGAGGGACCAGGGCACCAGGACCGUGGAGGAGGGGGCUGAAACCCCCGUCUAUCUGGCCCUCCUGCCUCCAGAUGCCACGGAGCCUCAGGGCCAGCUAGUCCGUGACAAAGUCGUGCAAACGUGGUGACCGUCUGCUCUGGGACUUAGUGGUUUAAUAAAUGCUGGUUAGAGAGA